ACGAUGAAAACGAGAGGCUAUCGUUCAUUCAGUUUUCCAGGAAUGCAUAUCGCAUCCAGUGGGCAAAGUGCGAAAUCACGCUGAAUCACAAUCCAAGAUCGCGGUUGGCCAAACAGGAACCGAAGUGAAGAGAGAUCCGGCGAUAGGAAAGAAAAACAGACUCCGACUGGGAAUUAAAUCAAUUACAAUGAAAACCGGAUUCAGUUUACAGCCGGAAGAUGCGUCUCUUUUGAGAGUUCCUGCUCCACGAUUCUUCUGGGCUGUGCCUGUUGCGAUCAACACAUCGCAACACUCAUACCCGAUGGAGGUAUGGGAUCAAAUUCCGGAUAAGGACAUAAUCAUAAAGCUUUCCAUUUUGAUACCGAUUGUUCUGUUUGGAAUUCUUGGCAACGUAUCGCUGUUGGAGAUCAUUUUUUCAAAUCGAUCAUUGCGUACACCAACUCACAUGCUGAUAGCAAAUCUUGCGCUCAUUGAUUUGGUUACGUUGUUGGUAUGUCCACCAAUGUUCAUACUGCAUGAUAUUCAUCAAAGUUACGUACUAGGAUCCAUAGGAUGUAAGCUGGAGGGAUUUGUUGAAGGUGGACUUCUCAUCACUUCAAUUUUGGCUCUUUGUGUCGUCAGCUAUGAUCGUUUGGCGGCGAUUGUUCUGUCAAGAAAGGCCAGAUUCAAAAUGAGCAGCGUUGUUAUAGCAUCGGUCGUCUGCUGGAUUUUGGGAUUUGCAGCUGCUCUGCCCUUGGCAAUUUAUCGAAACUACAAAGAACGAGACUGGAGUAAUUUCCACGAAACAUUUUGCUCGGAAGAUAAACAUGUGAUGCCCAUGUACUGGGAUUACAUAAUCAUUUUAUUGGUUUGGCUUCCGUUGGGUGUGAUGAUGAUCACGUACAGUACGAUCUUAUGUAAAUUGGAUCGAUACGAAAGGAAGGCAAUGAACAGAGAACACCCAAUGGUUGUGCGAUACAAAAGUCGUGUGGCAAAAACAUUGUUUAUUGUACUUAUUACUUUCGUAGUGGUCAGAAUUCCUUUCACGGUCAUGAUUUUGUUAUACUACAAAGACCUUGAUGAUAACAACAGAUUUACGAUUAGUGACAGUUUCAUUAUGCUAUGGUGGUUUGCCAAAGUGGCUUUCAUAUUUCUGUACUCCGCAAUGAAUCCGGUCAUUUACGGGCUCACCAAUAGGACGUUCAGAAGAGCGUUCAGGGAAUCGGUAAUCCUUGGAACGCUUCUACGGUUCAGUGAUGAUGAGCAAGCUGACGAGAAGCCUCCGAAACCAAGGAUCAUGUCAUUUUCGAAAAAAUCACGUGCUGCAGGAUUUAUUUCAUACAGAGGGAUUAAUCGACGAUCUGCUACUAACUGGCUCAAUUCUACAAUAAGAUGGAAGGAUAGGCGAAACAACAGCAGGAAACUGGAGAACAAAAACCCGGAAGCCAAUGGAACACAAUCUUCGGAAACAGCACAAAAUGCUACCCAAUAGAAGCGAGAUGGUUCACCCAUGUACAUAUCUAUCUACGGCCAUAAAAGCAAUAAAGAAUCAUCAAUUGUCUUCUGUUACUAGUGUAAUAAAUUUACGCUGUUUGCUAUA